UCCACCUGCACCAGCACCGGCUGCAAAAGUUGCUCUUGCAAAGGUAAGCUCCUAACUGAUCAAAAUAUUUCUGCUUUUCUAAUAAACCGAUCGUUUAUAUCUCGUGCAUUAACGACGUGACAGCGCUGUAUAGGCACGCGCAGCGAGGCUCGCGCCACAUGUACAUCCAGCUGCAUGUACACAUCGUGCUCGUGAUGCAACCAGCUGGGAGCGACCGCGCAGCGCGUUCAAUUUGCAUUUGUGUUCAUUUUUUAAAAAGUGUUUUUCUGUUUUAAAAACUGCUUUUAUUAAAGAAAGCUGCAGAGUGAAGAAGACUUGCAAGUAGCUAAGAUGACUGCCAUGACAAUUCAAUGAGAGGAGAGGACGCCAAGUGAAGUAUCCCCCUGCUCGCUGGAGAGGAGAGAAGGAGUGCUCAAGGUACAGAGAGGUGAGAGAGAAGAAGAAGAAGAAGAAGAAGAAGAGGAAAGGAAGAAAGAAAGAAACAAAAAGGGAAAAGACAAGAGGGAGAAGCAGAGGAGUGAAAGAGAAGGAUAAACGGUGGAUGGAGGCGGCUCGGACCGGGGCUACGGAGCGCUCUUCACCGACGAAGAAGGAGAAGAUCAGCAGCAGCGGGGGGGAGAAGAGAUGGAGGCGAAAGGCAGAAACAUGCCCUCAGAUAUCAGCUUCCUGCCUCGCCCGGCUCUGGUUUGGUGCGAGCGGGGCAUCCAGGUGCUUCUGACCACCAUGGGGGCGUUCGCGGCCUUCGCCCUGAUGACGGUGGCGAUCGGGACGGACUACUGGCUCUACGCCCGCGCCUUCAUCUGCAACAGCACGGCCAACUCGUCCCAGGACGAGUCCAACAACAAGGACAAGAAGGACCCCGGAGCGCUCACACACUCUGGUCUCUGGAGGAUCUGCUGCCUGGAAGGCUUGAAGCGAGGUGUGUGUUCCCAGAUCAAUCAUUUCCCAGACGACGCAGACUACGACCAAGAUUCUGCAGAGUAUCUGCUGCGUGUGGUGCGAGCCUCCAGCAUCUUCCCCAUCCUCAGCGCCAUCCUGCUCCUGCUGGGCGGAGUGUGUGUCGCUUCCAGUGGCUUCUACAAGAGCAAAAGAAACAUCAUUCUCGGUGGAGGGAUUCUCUUUGUCGCUGCAGGCCUCAGCAACAUCAUCGGAGUGAUCGUGUACAUCUCCGCCGCGCUGAGCGACAUCUCCCCGAAGAAAGACGAGGACAAGAAGUGGCACUACUCCUACGGCUGGUCCUUCUACUUCGGCGGCCUGUCCUUCAUCCUGGCCGAGAUGGUCGGCGUCCUCGCCGUCAACAUCUACAUCGAGAAGAACAAGGAGCUGCGCUGCCGCUCCCGCACCGACCUCUUCAAGAGCACCACGCACGCCAUGCUGCGGCUGCCCAGCUACCGCUUCCGCCGGCGCUCUCGCUCCAGCUCGCGCUCCACCGACCCGCCUCGCUCGCCAGAGACCUCGCCCAUCGGCACCUCCAAGACGUUCAGCCUGCCGCCCUCGGCCCCGCCCUUCUCCGUGGCAACCCUGCCCAACCCGCACCACACCAGCAGCGGCGGAGGGAGCGGAGGAGGCGGCGACAUCUCCAUGUACACGCUGACGAGGGACUCCAAGCUGGGCAGCCUGGGCGGCGGCGCCCCGCCGCUCUACGGCACGGUGGACCGCGCCACGCUCUACCAGCUCCACAACUACUUCCCCAAAGACGGCAGCGGCGGAGGAGGAGGCGGGGGAGGGGGAGGAGGAGGAGGAGGAGCGGUGAUAAGCAGCGGCACGCUCCCGUCUCACUCCAAGUCCAACUUGGCGGCAGCGGCGGCCGUGGCCCAGAACGCGGCGCCGCUGAACACGUCCACGUCCGCCGUCACACCAGCCGCGCCCGCUCCGAUAUCCACGGCAACCAUGGAGCGGGACAGGGGCAACAUGGGCACCCUGGACCGGCUGACGGCCAAAAGGGACCGGGACAGCAACUCAGAUACACUCAACAGGAAAACCACGCCAGUUUAGAAGUAAAACCUCAGAGUAGAAAAAGAGACGUUAGAUAUUUGA